AUGGAGCACAUGUCCCUACCUACCCAGGUAUCACUGAAAGUGGGACGGGGGGACAACCGUGAGCCCAAAGCAAAUCUUGACCGCCUAAUUCUGCCACUUGACGACUUGCCAGCCGCUGCCAUCUUUUCCAUCCUCCACCGUCGCCGUGCCCCAAACGUUCGAACGCAGCCUUCGGCAUCCACGACGAUCCCCUUCCUCCAGAGACGCAAACCAAGCCGCCGAAGAUGCCGCGCGAAGAAUACCAAGUUCCCUCCGCAGGCGCCGCCUCGGCCACAAGUGCCUCCCGCGGUGCCACUGGUCCCAGUCACCACCAGCACGACGCCGCCGCUCGGUCCGUCAUGUCGUACAUCUGCGGAGACUGCGGCGGGAGCGUCACUAUCGGCAAGGACGCCCUCGUGGCGUGCCCCCAUUGCGCAGGCAGGGUGCUCUACAAGGAGCGCACCAAGAGGUGAGCUGGCUGUCGCCCUUUUCUCUGCUUCCCCGCCUCUCCUCGUUGCCUCGUCCGCGGAACAACCAACGCAGGCCAGCCAAGGAGAUGACAAAUCGCUAACCUCGCCGAUGCAGGAUGGUCCAGUUCGAGGCGAGGUGAUGGUUGAGCAGCCGGUCGACGUGGGUUUGGGCGUGGUGAGCAUGACGAAAAUCAACCAGUCGUUUUCUUCUUUGGAGUUUGGGCAUGGGGCGCGUCAAACGCCUGUGAUGUGA